ACGUCAGGUAUUUUUGACGGGGGGCAGGCAGCGGGAGAACAGUGGGCGGAUAUAGCUGCUCUACCCGAGGAGAAGGAUGCCCAAGAGGAAGCCAGCGGUUUAUUCUCUCUCCCGUUUAUCCGUAUCAUGAUAAACGCUGCUGGGGCGGUGGGGCGCAGGAUGCCGUCGGCGGCCCGGCGGAGGAGCGGGUGCUGGAUAGCUUGGUGCCAGGCGGUCCUUUUCGGCGUGUCGGGGCUGGUUAUUGUGGCCGAACGGAGCGCUCUGAUCUACUGUAUAGGGUUUUAUCUCUGGAAUGAAGAGACGCAGUGGGCGGCUCUCACUCUUGGCCUUUUUCUACCGGGGACAGCAGUUCAGCUUCUAAGUGCAAAGUGGUACUAUGAUGAUGGAGAUGACAGGCGAUGCUGCAUCUCUGUCAUACACAUUCUGCACCUGGGCAUCUUCAAAAGGUUAUGGGACUGCAUGAGGUCUGUGCUGCGCAUGCAGGGCUCGGUGGCUGAGCUCGGAGCUGCUGUCAUGCAGCAGGCAGAUGUUGCUGCCCUUUGGCUACUGGAGGCCCUCAUCCUCACACUGCCCCAGAGCCUGCUGCAGGCAUAUGUUGUGGUAUCUACUGACGUGGGCAUCAUGUCACCGGUGGCCUAUUGCUGUGGUCUGUGUGUGCUGUCUAUAUCCUGGGCCCUGGUGCUGUACAGUAGAGCCUGCUGUCUGAUCCGACCGGGCCACCUGGCCAUGCCUCCAGCAGCCCUGCUGUGCCAGCUGGUGUGGAGGGCAGGCAUGCUUGGUGCCAGGGUGACUUGCCUCAUGUUCUUUGCCAGGGUCUUUAACUGGUGGGUCUGUGGAGUAGUAGGUUUCCACUGGCUCACCGCCUCCUUCUGGCUGGUAUCACAGCAACCAGACAUCUGCACUGGCCCCUGGUGUUGGCGUGCCUUUAACAGCAUCAUGGGGCUCAUCCAUGUCUUCCUCUUCCUCAACAUCAAGGAUGGACCGUCACGCUUCCGCAUGGCCAGCUUUUAUGCAUUUAUGCUCAUAGAGAAUGCUACUCUGAUGCUUGCUGCCUCCGACUUCCUUAGCGAAGCAUCAUGGGACAGCUUGACCCUUCCCACCACUGUGCUGUGUAGCUUCCUUCUCGGUGCUACCUCUCUUGUCCUGUACUACCGGUUCCUCCAUCCCAAGUCAACAGAGAUCUCCCAGGGUACGAACCACAACCACAUGGGCAGCACUUGUAUAGAGCAGGGGGAGUCUUCCUUCUCUCUUGGGGACAAAAGCCUGCCAGCUCCCUCCAUUCAAAACCACAGCAGCUUCUCCCUCUCAGGUGUUGUAGGUUCUUUCUUGGAGCACCCAGGAACCUGUGGGGGCCGCCCUAACAGCUCCUGCCUUUGCUACCACCAUCACUGGCUCUUGAUCCGACUGGCCCUUAAAACAGGAGACUUGGGGAAGAUUAACAGAGCCUACGGGGCUGGUGGAGCAGCAGUCAUACUAGACAUGGAGGUGUACCACCAUGAGUUUAAGAGUAACGAGGGCAUUACUAUCACAGGUGGAGGCAGUUUUGAGGGUGUCUCCAACUCUGAGACCAAAGGGAAGGGCCAAGCACCGCUCUCGGACUGUAAAGAUGAUUUCCAGAGCGUGAGCGAACCCUCGUCAACUGAACAACCCGAAGAAGAGUAUGACAGUCUGGAGUCACCCACAUCUGAUUUGAAACGCAGCUCACCAGAGGGCAAGUCUGUGUUUGGAGACAGUCCAGAGCCUUAUUUCUGCCCCACAGAGUCAAGUUCAACCCUGUAUUUCAGUGCUGAUCCUCAGUCUCCCAGCAGUGCCAGUAACCCUCGUUUGGACCGGGACAUUGGGGGUCUGGAACAGGGCGUUCGCCUCAACUCUAUCCCUAGUGAUCCAGCCCUUCAUAGAGAUGUCCGUGGGCUCAUGUGCCGGGUCGGGCCACGUUGCAUUUCCACACCUAAAUUGGACUCUGGGCUGCUGGACUCUCCCUCCACUGUCCCUCAUUUCACAGGUCCAAGAAGGCAGCUCAUAAUGUCCCAAACAGAAGAAGACGAUAAUUUCUAGCUUUCUCAUGACAGAAUCAGUAAAAGAGUAACAGCAACUUAUCUAACAUUAAAGAAGUGCACCAGCUUUUUGGAAGGCUUUUUAUUCAUCUUCUCAGUGGAUAACAAUGCUUGCAGAAAUUUCACUUCUGUACACCUAUAUAUUUAGCACACUAUGUGGCACAGGAUAUGCAACAUUUUUGGGACAAUGAUAAGCUAGCCUGUGUUCUUCUCAAAUCAUGAAUACAUUUUCUAAAAGCAGUUGCCCAAAAAUCUGUGCACACAGAGGUGAAACCAUCAGCAGUGUUUUCAUUAGACAUUGAGAAGAUAAUUAAAAAGCAAAUUAAUUAUACUGUGCAAUAAAAUAAACACUGGUUCUGCUACAUUGUAAUUACAUGUUAAGAAAUUAGCCUUGACUUGUAUCAAUAAACAUAAUUAGAAAUAUGCAGCUGCUUUAUGAUCUCUGGCAGCUGAUGGCCUCUAUUUUACAUGAUGAAACUGCUCUUGUUCACAUAAAUAACUGACAGCAGUUAUGAGAAUAGAGAAAUGAUUCCUGAAUCUAAAGCAAACAGGAAUGUCUGACUGAACCUGUACCAUCUUGACGUCAGCCAGGGUUUUUUUUUUGGCUUCUUAAAAGCACAGAUAUCUUCUGUGUAAUAGAUGUAGUGCUGUGAGUUUUUGUUAUUCACAUAGGGAAAAAG